GUGUUUGAGUUGAAACAUCUGUUAUUGUGCUAAUAAACAUAAUAUGCUUUGUUCUUUUGUUUCAUCACGUAUGGAAGCUUCUGAUUUCUCUCAUCCUAUUUGAGCUUGCUUUCCUAUUUACAUGUUUAUUCUCUUUUAUGCAUACUCCUCAAAUAAUGACAUUUACAAUAUAAUCAAAACACACUCAAUUGCAUAGAAUCUCCAAACUUGAUUCCAGAGAAGACACUAGGUUUAGUGGACACCAAACUCCUUAGGAAUGAUGAGGAUUAAAUAAUCUGAUUCAAAUAGGUCCAAUUCUAACCCUACAUACUAUGAUCUACAUGUACCUGACAAAAUGAAAGCAAAUGAGAAACUUAAAAGGCUUCAGCGAAGAAAAGAAAAUUGAUUACUUUGGUAAAUCAAGAAGUUCGUUAGCAUCCAUGGGAACGGUCUUCGUCAUCAUAGCAACCGCCCAAUCGCCCAAGGGGGCCAAGAAGCCAAAUAAAACCCUUCUCUUCGCGGCCUAAGCAACAGGAAGAAGAAAGGUUGUCGAUAGCGAACGCGACAAUAUAUUUCCUUUUUUCGUUUUCAUCCCCCUCGAUCUCGAAUCGGACGGACGAGUUCUCACUUCGCGAUCCAGAUGUCUGCGGCGGCUAUCGCCUGCAGUAGAGGCGCCGCCACGUUCGGGUUUCGUUGCUGGUCGCUGAUGCGGCUGCCGGCGGCGCAAGUCGGGUACCCUCGGUCCAAUUUAUCGCUGCUGCAGCGCUUCACUUCGGACGAGAGCAACGGGAGUAGGGCUUGCCUUAUCGACACGCUCGCUCUGGUCAAGAAGUUGGAGAAGGAAGGGGUCCCGUCGAAGCAAGCGGAGGCCAUAACGAAGGUUUUGAACGAGAUCGCCCGCUCCCUUGGGUCCAAGCCCGAGAUACAGAGGGAUCAACACUAUCCAAUGCUGCAACGAGAGACUGAAGAAAAUCUUCGAGUUGAUAUCGAGAAAAUGCGUAGUGAACUUAGGUCUGGUUUGCAUUGAAGUAUAUAACAGAUUAGUAAGCCAAUUAUAUCCAGAUUAAUACUUCUUUCUUUAAUUUAAACUCACUGUCUUAAACAGAUAUGAAAUCGACAAGGUUAUUGCUGGGCAGCGCUCGGAUCUAAUCCUCGAGAGACGGUAAGGGAUGUUAAUGUCUAUUUGAUAAUGGAAUAUGUGGUGAUAUCUCAGGCUGAAUUAUUGUCCAUAUUUGUUACAGAAAAUACACCUUUUUAAUUUAACAACUAGGUUAACCAUGCUAGUUCAGAUGAAGAGUUCAUGUUGUAGGUAACAAAAAACAAGAGUUCAUGUUGAUUUGAAUUCUGAUUUAUCAUCAAGACGUUCUGGUCUGAGUGUUGCUAGAUCACUGUGCUAAUGUUGAUCCAAUGUUUCAUUUGACUUUGUUCAUUUUUUAUCACCUUUGUUAUGCCUGGAGCAAACAAAUAGGACUACCAUCAGUAGCAUCGAUCAAUGAUUAUGUAUGUGCUUAUUGCAAGUAGCUUUUCAUUUUUAAUGUGCUGUACCGGAUGAAUGUAGUAGCUUUAAUUUUAACUUCUUUUUUCUAAUUGUUUAGGCGCAUACGUCACAAGUUACGUGACAAGUUAGCCAAACAAAGUGCAGAAACCACAGAACUUAUUACCAAAAUCGAGAGGGAAAUCCUUGCAUUAAGGGCACAGCUAGACACAGCAAAAUAUGAUGCCACAAAGUUCUGCAUCGCUACGGUUGUUUCUAUAUGUGCUGUUGCUUGUCAGAUUGCGGCUCUCACGUUCAGUCCCUCGCGUGUAGAAGCGGCUGAGGAGAUCCCCAAGGACAAAUUAUUGAUUUAUCAAUUCUAACCCUACAUACUAUGAUCUACAUGUACCUGACAAAAUGAAAGCAAAUGAGAAACUUAAAAGGCUUCAGCGAAGAAAAGAAAAUUGAUUACUUUGGUAAAUCAAUAAAAAUCUGCUACGGGAACGGGUGGAGAAAGUUCGUUAGCAUCCAUGGGAACGGUCUUCGUCAUCAUAGCAACCGCCCAACCGCCCAAGGGGGCCAAGAAGCCAAAUAAAACCCUUCUCUUCGCGGCCUAAGCAACAGGAAGAAGAAAGGUUGUCGAUAGCGAACGCGACAAUAUAUUUCCUUUUUUCGUUUUCAUCCCCCUCGAUCUCGAAUCGGACGGACGAGUUCUCACUUCGCGAUCCAGAUGUCUGCGGCGGCUAUCGCCUGCAGUAGAGGCGCCGCCGCGUUCGGGUUUCGUUGCUGGUCGCUGAUGCGGCUGCUGGCGGCGCAAGUCGGGUGCCCUCGGUCCAAUUUAUCGCUGCUGCAGCGCUUCACUUCGGACGAGAGCAACGGGAGUAGGGCUUGCCUUAUCGACACGCUCGCUCUGGUACUGCGCUACCUUAUCAGUGUUCGAUUGAUGGGACAACUACCUUAGGGCUUCCCCCAACCUGCAGUUUGCUGUGGUGAGUGGUUGACAGCCUCGUGCGCCAUCAUAAGUACACACCCUGGAAAGGCAGGCGAAGG